GAGGAGCGUGGGGCACUGUGUGGAUGCUAGGUGCUGAAUAGGUGCUGGGUGCUGAACGAGUGCCGGUGCUGGCUGUCUCCCCCUACAGGCUGGCCUCUGCCCUAGGCUCUGGCGGCUCUAGCAGCAGUCUGCUCCACAUCCGUGGGAGGAUUGGCUGGGAGCAUGGUCAGGAGGGGCAUGCAGUCAGUGAGUGUAUCCAUGUGUGGGUGGGGGACUUCCCAGCCUCAGUGACCUCUCCCCAUGGGAAGAAGGACACACUGGGGGUAGGUUCAGGAGCUGGGUUUCACUCUCCAUGCCAAGGGGACUAGGUGGGUGUAUGGGUGGUUGCCCUUUCUUACGGGUGCUAGAACACAGACCUGGGCAGAGGCCAUGGUGGCCAGAGCUGCAGAGCCCCCAGCCAGCUGGUGCUUGGGAAUGGCUUCCUAGAGUCUGUGGGUAAGGGGGCUGUUGGCCAGGCCUGGGUCACCCACUCUUGCCUGCACCACCCUGGCCACCUGAAAUGAAGGCAGCAGUGCCCCCCACCCCAGUCUCCAUGGGCCAGGUCAGUGUGGAGUGAGGAGACAUAUACCUGCCCCGGCCAUGCCAACCCUUAGGCUCUGGCCCUACCUGGCCUUACCUCCACUUGGAUUGUCUGGUAUCUGGAGUCGACACCCACACGAGCACCCCUGGGCCUUCUGGGCCCCAGAGUGAAUUCAAAGGACAGCCGGGCCUGGGGUGGGGGAUGCCCUGAGGCCUCUGCAGGCCUUUCCCUCUUGAUGAUGGAACCUGCAGGCCCUGAGAGCCCAUAAUCAGGGACCAGGAAGGUGCUGUGGUCGGGUGCUGUGGCAGGAGGAAGGUAGAGGGAAGCCAGGCUGGGGUCCACUGGCUUUGGACACAUGACUCAGAGCUGUGCUGUUUCCAUGAGGGUUUGAACAUGGGCCUGGCACCAGCAGGCACUCAGCAAAUGCUAUUUUCAUGUUAAUCAAUAAAAUGAUGCUCAUAUCUUACCAUGUGCGAGCAGCUUGACAUGGGACCUUUCAUUUGAUAACUGUGGACUGGAGCCCCCAUUUUAGAUAAAGAAAAAAAGAUAGACGUGUAAAAAUGGUGUGGUGGAGGCAUCUGGCCUGCUCUAACUUCAUGAGGGAGGAGAAUCACCAUCAGCAUCAACAGUCCAAAGCUAAUUUUUGUGACUUGAGGGUCAAACAUACCUCCACCCUCCAACCUUUUUACCAAUUAUGACACCAGCCAUUCUUCCAUGGCACUCACUGCUUCUCUGCUGGGUUCGAUAAUUCAUUGCAGUGGCCAUACAGGACUCAUAAACUGCACUUACAGUUAUGAGGUUUGUUAGGGAAGUAACAGAUUACAAUUCAGGAUACAACUCUUUGAUCAGGACAGCCUCUUCUCAGCCAUGCCUACAGGCAGAUGUCUUUCUGGCCCUUGGCUUCUCGGUCCCUCAGCCCAGCCUCUGCCCUACUUGGGCAAGUAUUACAAAGCUCCUUAGCUCUGCCCAUAAGGGCUUGGGAGCAUUCCACUCUACCAACAAGCCUUGUGCCCAAAGGUGCUCAGCUCCCUCGCUCUGUGGAUUGGCAAGCCCACCACACCUCUCCUGCCAGUCUCCUGGUUCUGCUGCUUCGGGUUCUCUGCUGCACUUGCUGCCACUUCUUGCUGUCUUGUGCCUUCUCUGAUGUUACAGCUGUCUCCUGGGUCUAGGAAGUUCUCAGUGCAGGGACCCUGGGUCCAAAGGACACACUCUGCUCCCGUCUUCUGGGUGAAGUCCCCCCUUUCACUCCCUGGAAUGGCUCAUCUUAAGCCUACCAGGAUGGCAAAACUGACCAAUCCCUUUGUUAGGGUUCCAUAUGCCCUAUUUGUGUGCUCUCACCCCCACAAUUGUGCCACGCACCUUAUUUGCCUUAUUAGGAAGCUGUACAAUCCCUUGGUGGGCUACGAGCACCUUAUUUGCAUAGUCCCACCCAAUCAUCUGAUGGAACUUACAAGACCAUGGGUAGAAAGGCCAUAUAAAAGCAGUCCAUCACUCCGCAGAUAGAUGGAUAGAUAGUUGCCUACUGUUGAGUCAUGGCAGCUCUGACUCGUGGUGGUGCCCCCAUUACAACAGAAUGAGUCAUUGCCCUGUCCUCUGUCAUCUUCACAAUCGCUGGCAUGGUCAAGUCCAUUGUUGUGGCUGUUGUGCUAAUCUGUCUCACUGAGGAUCUCCCUCGCCCUCACUGGCCCCCUACUUCGCCAAACAUGAUGUUCUCCUGCAGUGAUUGAUCCUUUCUGAUUACAUGUCCAAAACAAGCAAGUUGGACAAUGCUCUGUUGUGAUCCAUAGCUAAUAAUCCCUUAGCUAAUUUUUGGAGGUAGAUCACCAGGCCUCUCUUCUUAGUCUGUCCUAGUCUGGAAGCUCUGCUGAAACCUGUCCACCAUGGGUGACCCUGCUGGUGUUUGAAAUACUGGUGGCAUAGCUUCCAGCAUCGCAGCAACACACAAGCCACCACAGUAUGACAGACUAGAGACACUGUGUACAGAUGAGGAAACUGAGGCUCAGAAAGGAGAAGCUGCAUAGCACGUAUGGGUGGAGCCUACAGCCCAGGCUAUUGUGGGUCCAGAGCCACUACACCGCAGCGCUCAGGGCUAUGUUCUCCCAAGAGGUGACAUCCCGGCACUUUCUGACCUGCCCAUUCCUGCUAGACAAACAUUCGAGUAGUGGCCCAAGAUGGCAGCUGCUCCCUCGCAGACUAGCUUAGGCCCCAGGGGGAGCAGUUGUGCUGAGGUUUGGGGGUUGGCAAACCAGAGCAGGCUCCCACUGCAGGAAGGGCAGAUCAAUCCUGGCCUUCCCUGGGGAGGAGGAGGGGGACGGGCUCUUACCUCGAGGGCAGACCAUCGUGGGGGCCACUCACUGUGGUCUUUGGGGACCCCAACGGAUGUCUGCUGCCAUUGGGAAUUAGAUUAGUUUUCCAUAAAAACAGGAUGGAGUGGGUGUGUCAGCAGCGUGCUCGCCCUUCUCACUCCUGUUUUUCCAGGAACUGAACUUGCAGGCCGUUAGCCGGACCGUCCCUGUCCCCUGGGCAAGGAACAACAGCUUUCAGUUCUUAAGUGGCUGCUUAAUCGGCUCUCCUCCUGGCCCGGGAGCUCAUGACAUUACCCAGAGAUGGUGGGCCAGCCGGGGUGGGAGGAGGGACUGUGAGUGCCAAGGAAAUACCCACCUUGCCAGCUCGGGGAAGGAACAUGUCACGCCAACUCUGGCUGAAGAGCGCGGUUCUGGGCCACGGGGCUGAGCCUGAGUGUUGGGUCAGUGCCAUGCUGGUGGAUGCCUGGGCUCCUCACCCCAGAAAAACACACAUCUGCAGAUGGCGUUGGAGCCCAGGGUCCCCCUCACAAACCUCCAGUCCAGCUCACUGUGAUAAGGGCUGCAGAAGGGGGCUAGACAGGGUGCUGAAAGGAGUGAUGUCUCUGUCUCCUGUGUCAGGAGGGCAGCGGGCAGGGGUCUGAAGUGGGUAGAAAUUUCUGGAUGGUCAGGGGUGGAAAGAACGAUGUGUGUGUGUUGCAUGACCUGCUUUAGGGAAGUGGAUGGGAGUCAGCCAGAGUUUACUUAUUAGGGGUCAUGGACAGACCCUGAAAAACUCUGGGCUCCCAUAGGGUAUAUGGGUUGUUGUGUGGGUGAGGAGAGGCUGAGCACAAGUCUCAGGGCUACCCCAGCAUCCCCUCGCUUUCCUCAUCACCUCAAACCCUGGGAUGGGCAAGAGGCUGCCCUUUCAUGCCCAGUAGUCAGAGACCCUGGCAUCAGAUGCUACCUGGCUCAGCCACUCAUAGGUGGUAUGGCAGCAGUGGGUAACUUUGUCUCCUAGGCCACAGCUAUCCCUUGGUGAAAUGGGGGUGCAAGGGUAUCCCCCAGAGGAUAGCCAUAAAGAUUCUUGUUUGCAAAAACCAAUCACUGCACUGGUGAUGAGAUGACAUGGGGAGGGGAGUGGGGCUCUCCAGAAGGUGGAACCGUUCUGCCCCAGCCCCAUCUCUGCAGACAUGGGAGGCCGGGCUGGGGCCUUGUGCUUUGGGGGUGUCCAAAUUAGAUUUGAGAGCUAAAGAUGCCCAACCCUCUGCCACCAGCAGGUCUGGCUGGCAGCUGGCGGGCUUCGGGUUCUGCUCACCUGGGAAUCAGAAUGCUAGGGCAUUCUGGCCAAGACAGGCCCCGAGGGCCCAGACUGGAUGAGCUUUUCUAUCCAUGCCUCACUGCUCCAGCCAGACUUGCUCCACAGGUCCCACCAGGCUGGGACCUGGCCUCACAGACUCCAGGCUCAGACCACGAGUGCCCACUGGGAAAUGAUCCGGAUGGAAUCCCAGAGCCCAGAGCCCAGAGAGGGCUUUUCCUGGGAGGAUAGCUGGAAUUCAUGACUUUUUCUUUCUGGAAAGGAAGAGGACUAGCAGGGAGAGAUGAGCAGAGACCUUCACUGUAAUCAGAAAAGUUUUAUAUGCUGGGUCAAAUGUAUAUUCGCAGGAAAAAUAUGCUAAAAUCUAGCAAAUGCUAAGUAUGGGAGUGUUGACUUCGGUUUUGUUAUUAUUUCUGUACGUCUCCACAUUUUUAAAACUGUUAAAAGUGAAGAAGAGUGAAAGUUCUGUUGGCUGGUCUGCUAUUUUUCAUGCGAGGGGAGAUUGAGGCCCACUCCCAGGUGGCGAGAGCCCGAGUAUGUGAGCUGGCAGCCCCUUGCCCUGGCCUGAGGCCCACUGCCCAGACCAGCAGCCCUCUUCCUUUGCUGGGGGUGCUCAGAGCAGCUGGGUCAGCCUCAGUUCCAGGGGCUGCUUUCCCAGAUGGGGCCAGGCUGCUCUGUGGGGUGGAGGCUGUGGCGCCGCCCUGCCCACCCUGCUUGUCAGCGAUGGUGUUGAUAUUUCCCCAGUUACUCUGGUGUGCUUGUUGAGUUUCCAGAGAGCCUGUGGGGCCCCAGUAGCCUGUGGGGCCCCAGUAGCCUGCCUGCCCCAGUAGCCUGCCUGCCCCAGUCCUGUGGCCACACCACUGUGUAAAGCCAGCUACGUGGGGCCUCAGAGACAUCCCCGUGGAGCCCCGUCAAGGCGUUGGGCCUGGGAGGCUUACCCAGGCCAGGAGCCUCAGGUCCCCAGGCCUCAGGGCAAGCCCAGCAUGGCAUUUGCCGUGCAGACCCUGGAAGCUGGGCCUGUGACAGAAAUGCCCUAAGGAUGCAUAGGGCACAGGCUUGCAUGUGGCAGCCCUGUGGCACCUCCAAGCUGUGGGCUGGCGUGGAACUCAGACCACAUCCCUGGCUUCUGCACCCUCGUGCAAAGUGAGGGUGGCAUGACAGGGUCUGCAGGGACCAUCACUUGCUCAACCUCCGUUAUGGCCUCACACGGGCUCCAGAGACGCCUACUGUGGCUGGGACCAGGCAGGGCUUUGGUGGACAGGUGCCGGGCCUGGGGUGGACACUAGCAGGGCAUGGUGGCUGUGUCACCAGGGGAACUGAGGCACGGGGGUGGGGUGUGAACGAGGACUAGGCACCACCCUCUACUGUGCAUGCACAGAGGUCGGAGCCCCCUUCCAACGACCUUGGCAAAGCCACCGUCCCUGCUGCCCACAUCACAUCCUUAUCUCUGUGGGGAGUCUGGGUGCUUGGAGUAUGAGUUUGGGGACUGCUUGGCCAGGCUGGUCAGCUCACUGGUGAGCCCCACUCUUUGUCCUGCCUGCAGGAGGAGAUGGCUGGGUGGCAUUCCAGCUGACACUCAGGCCUGUGCUGUGGGUAGAUGUGGUCCCUAGAGAGCAGGGCCACUGUGACCCACCCUGGGCAAUUUGCAAAAGCUAGACUGGACAGGCCAGGAGAUGUCAGGUGCUGUGGGUGGCUGAGUCACAGGGUGGGGCCUCUGAGUCAGCACCCCAGCCUCACGUCCUCAUGCCCAGAGUGAGAAGAAGGCAUGGGGUGGGCAGCUCUGCCUGGGUGGGACACCCAUGUUUGGAAUGGCUGCCCUGGCCAGAGGGUGGCCACCCAGAAGUCUCAAAAACCCAGCAGCUCUUAUUAAGUCCUAUGUUGCCCCCUCUGGACCAGCCACAGUGGCCAUUCUUGCUAAAGGGACACAGUCCCUGCCUUGCGGAAUACAGGACUAGGACGGGGCAGCCACCAGAGCACAGGAAGGACAAGGUGACUGGGAAUGGGUGUAAUGAGACAGUUGCUGCUGCUUUAGGAGCUGUCACAAGCUACACUAAUGGGGUUUUAAGUCAUGCUUCAAAGGACAGGCUUGGGCAAGUGAAGCUUGGUGAAGAAUUGUUACUUCCUCCUCCUACUUCUGAGGUCACCCACCUGCUUCCUCCCAGCUCUUAGGGCAGCAUUUUGUGGGCCCCGAGUGUACAUCACAGCCCCAGAGGGCUUGCUGAAGACGUGCUUUGCUGAGGCUCUGCCUCAGGAAGUCUGGAAGAGCCCUGGGAAUCUGCAUUUCCUGCAGGUCCCAGGUGAUGCUGGUGCUCCAAGUCCAUGGAACAGACCUUACUGAGCUUUGGAGUGUGAAGAACUUGGUGGAAAGCCCUUGCCAAACAGUAGCUGAAAGGACCUCUGUGAGGACAUUGUCCCCUAAGAUGAGACCUUGGACCACAUGUGGCUGUACUGUGUCCCAGCAGGCCCCACCUCAUCACCUGCCUACCACUCGACAGCACACUAGCCUCCCUGGACCUCCCAGGGAGUCCUGUGCAUUUCCACCACAGUGCCUUUGCACUGGAUGUUCCCUGCCUUCACCCAACCCGAUUGUCGGGCCUGGGGAAGGGCCAGCUCCGGUAUCAGCCCACAGGGAAGCCUUCCCUGGGGACUGUCUCAGGGCAUCCGCUCUGCCCCUCAUACACACAGCUGUGUCUUCAUUGUUAUCCACAUUUGUCCUUGUGUUUAUUGACUUGUCUUUCCCAGAACGUGAGCUUGGUCGGCAGGGACUUUGUUCUCUCCUCUUGGUACCACCAGGCUAUGUGGCCAGUACACGAUAGGUCCCCUUCCCAGGACCGAGCCAGCCCCCUGCUUGACUAGACGUGAGGGCUGCGUCCAUCAACUGCCCUUAGUGGGUGCCCCACCCUCCGCCACCCCUCCCUGCCUUGUUAGCCUGCCUCCCAUCACCGGCAGAGAUGGUGGCCCAGAUAAGAGGCCUGGUUUCCUCCAACCUUUUGAGAUGGGGGGUAGGUGCAUGGGCCUGGGCCCGGGAACACACACCCCUAGUGCCCUUGUCCUUGUGGAGAGACGGCUUAGGCGCCAAGUAAACACCAAGGCCUCUGGGCACUGGGUGACACUCUGAUUGUUUGCUAGGGGUGCAGCCCCCAGUCUGAAGCUGAGUCUGGCAUGGGCGAUAUGGGAGAGAGGGGGUUCUCAGCUCAUCCUGUGGAGCCAUCCUCAUCUCCAGACAAUUGGGUGGGGGUCUUCACUGACCACCUGUGUACUAAGGAUGGGGCUGCAGGAAGAUCAGUCUCUCUGCUCCCUACCCUCUGCUGUUCUAGCUGGCAAGCCUUGGCCCAGGCGUGAGGGCCGUAACCAUCAGCAAGGCCCCUCUGCAGGCCACCUCCCCCUGGCCCUCUGCCCCCAUCCCUGGUAGUGCUGGUGCAGAGCUUUGGCCUGAGUCCUGUCCUCUCCUGCUAGCAGUCCUCCCAGGGAUGGGCUCCCCCACUGCCUGGGUCCCCUCGUUUGUAAAACAGGGUGGUAGCCCACCUCCUGGGCAAGUGUGAGGUCACAGGGCUGAUGAGAAGUGUGUAUAAUGCCAAGGCUCAUCACAGUGGACUGGGGAGACCAGCCAGAGACGUGGAAUCCAGCUCAGCAUUUUCCCUCUCCUAGUGACCUUAGCCUCCCAGGGCAGGGGAUAUCCCUCACCCACUUGUCCACAUGGCAUGGCCCACCUCCUCUUUCCCCAUACCAUCAGUUUGUCCCCAUCUAUCCCUCCUGCAGUGAUAACCGUAGCCCUGGGCAGCUGACACAAGAGCCCUUCUCAAACAGCCUUGGGCUGAGUAUGUGGGAGAGGCAGGAGCCAGCAGUUGCAGGGUAGGGGUCUGCGUGCCUUGGGUAUCCCUCUGUGUGAGCCCGCAGGCCACCUCUGCUGGCACCUCCACACUUCAUGGAUGGCGGUGAGAGAGGGGGUCUGCCCCGUUCACGUGAGCAGUAAAACCAGGUCUCCUGGCGCCGUAGUCAUUGAACCCCAAAGGCCCGGCGCAUGGGUCCCUGGCCAGGCUCCAGUCAGGUGACAAAGUGUUCUCUUCGCCCAUUCUCCUGCCUGUGGGCUGCCCUCUCGCUUCCAAGCACUGUGUGUAUGUGUGUAUGAGAGAGAGAACCCCCUGAAGUGCAGGGCCGGGGAACCUUGGGCCUGGCCCUUCGGGAUGGAGCGUGAGCCUCUUCUCAGGCCGUUGGUCUGUCCCGGGCCACACGAGCACAUGCUUGAUCCCUUGGACACUGUCCAUCUGAGGACUUCAGGCAAACGGCCUGGGAAGUGACAGAGGUUCAUUCAUCGAUGGUCUCUGGCAUUUUUUUUUUCUUUCUUUCAAAACACCUUUGUUGAGCAUCUGUUAUCUUCAGUUGCUAGAAUACAGACCUUUGAUAAGGUCCUUGACCCCAAGUAGCACACCAUCUGUGGAGGAGGAUGAAUCUCUGGCAUUUUGAGCUUUGUAAACUAAAUUGCUGUAGGAACUUGUGAGUCUUGCCAUCCUCCAAAGAAGGAGUGGAGCAGACUCUUUUCUUUGUAUUUCUCUCAGGUUACCAUGUGUCUGAGAGCAGGAAGAGGGUCAGGGGCCAGAGAAUGCCAUGCAAGGCCACCCCCAGCCACCGUCCAGUGCAUUGUGAAAGCGAAACCCCAUAAACAUGACCGUUUUGUAGCCAGGGCUGGGUUAGUGAGAGGACAGAGAGCUCCCUGCAAGUGCUGGGUGGGGUCCAGGGUGGGAUUCUGUGGAAGGCGGGAUGGGCAGAGCCUCACACUGGGUGCAAUGAAGUGCAUUGGCUCUUAAACGUUGGGUUUGGGUUUGGUUUCAUACUUUGCCUUUUGGGGAAGCAGGUGUGGCUUCAGGGCCUUUUGGAGUUAAGGCAUUGGCCUGGCAAAUCCGGCCAAGGAGCCUGAAGAGAGGAAGCUGGGUGCUGCCCAAGCUCCCAUGCCUCAUCUCCCUCCUCUUCUUCCUCCUCUUCUCCACCUGUCCCACCCAUGGAAGCACCAGCAGGGAAGUGUUUAUGGGUCCUGGGUGCUGGGUGCUGCCUGGUUCCUGGGUGUCGAUUUUGGGUGAUGAGCAAAGGCAGGUUUGAGCAGAGGAUGACUGAGAGUGGUCGGUGCUUUGGGGGCUAAGCUGGCACGUGGCAGGCUUGGCCCCAGCUGUGGGCAGCUGUGCUGACAAGAAGGGUCUAGGUGGAGUUGGGGCCUUGGGGCAGGGGUCCCCCCAUCUGGAAGUCCCCAGUGUCAUCUGCCCUCCCCCAGCCACUCUCUUGGUGUGCUCCCCCAGGCCCCACUCUUGGGGACUCUGAGAUGUCAGGCUGAACUGUCUCUCUAAACACCAUUGCCAUCCUCAUCCCUGAGACCAUAUGGGAAUCUGAGGGGAGCUCCCCACACGAGCCAGGCCUCACCAGCCUCCAUUCUUCAGAAAGAUGAGGUUCACCCAGUCCCCACUCCACUACAUUGGUUCUUAAACAUCAGGUUUGGGUUUGGUUUCAUACUUUGCCUCUUGCGGGGAGGUGUGGUCUCCGGAGCCCUUUGGGGUUGUAAGCUGUCACCCUGGCGGCUCCUGCCAAGGAGCCAGGAGGGAGAGCUGGGUGCUGCUCAGGCUCCCCUGCCCCAUAGCCUUCUUCCUCUUCUUCUCCACCCAUCUCACUCUCGGAAGCAUCAGCAGGGAAGUGUUUAUGGGUUCUCGUCCAAGCCAAAUAAGGCUGAGUGCACGCUUACCCAGGGUGGAGCGGGGUGUGGGGACUGCUAUGCCCUGAGCACCGGGAGACACCCUACCCUACCCUGGGCUCCAUUUGGCCUCCUCAGAGUUCCGCACGCAGCUGGCUGGUGGGCAGAAGAGCCAGGCCCUUGAGGUGCCCAGCCCAAGUCAGGACACUUGGGUCCCAGUCUUGCCAUGUUGCUCACAUGUGCCAAGGACCCCAUGACAGGCGCCCCCUGGUCCCUUCAGACCUUCAGUGCAUUCCCAGGCACACAUGGGGGCCCUUACACGCGGGCCUGUGCCUGUGCCUUCACAGGGUCUGAAGUGUCUCCACAUGCACAUGGGUCCCCUGGAGACACACAGGCAGGGCACACUGCAGCCUGGGGCCACAGGGAAACAGCCUGUGUCUGCUGAAGAGCUGAGAGUCCACUGCAGAGGAGGGGAUGGUGAGGCCAGUAGGACCAAUUGGUGCUCUCACCUUGUGCUGGGUGAUGCUCACUGCAGUAGUCCUGUGAGGUGGGACAAUUAAGGUCCCACUUAGCAGUGGAAGAAACUGAGGCACAGAGAGGCCGAGUGGUCACACCAAGCAAGGAGAGAGGAUUGGUCCUCUUGGGCACGCCCAGCACUUGUUUGUCUGCCUGUGCGUCUCCAGGGGACCUGUGUGUGUGGAGACACCUUCUCCAGAGCUUCUGUGAGGAGCGACCCCUCUGGGCUAUGGGAUGGGGGUCUGGCUUUUUUAAAUGCUGUGUUUGCCAAAGGCAGGAGGGGAAACUGAGUCACACUAAGAGCCUCACUCUAUGGGUGGGACAGCACUGGGGGAGGGAGCCAGGAAUGGGGGGGACCCUGGGUGAUGGCAGGCAGGAGCUGAGCACCAGGAGAGGUUGGGGUGCAUCCUGUGCUGGGGCACAGCCAAGCCACAGCUGGGGUACAGACAGGGCCCAGCUUGCUGGGGACAGCAGAGCCCCUGGGUAGGGGGUAGAAGUGUCAGAGUGGUGACCAGAGCAGAGGGGGCCCACAGCGAGUGCUGCAUCAUCUCCUGUGCCCUGGCCCUUCCUUGUGGGAGGAGAGACGAGGUCUGGGAGGCCCAACCGCCUGCUACCUGCUGCAUGGGAUCUCCUGAGUAGCCUUCUGGGACUGCCCCCUUGGGGGUUUCUCCUCUAGCCGACUUGGCAGUGAAGUCACGGUCCACGCCACUUCUUGGCACUUAAACUGGCAAGGCUACUCAGGUGGGGACAGGCACAGGGAGUGUUUGGAAGGCUCUGGCUUGGAGUCAGGUGUCUGCACUUAACCCCACUUCGCCUCACCAAAGCCCUCCCCUUGCAGAGCCUCUCCUCACCGGAGAAAUGGGGGUGCCACAGGGCAACCAGGAGGCACGGCCAGGGACCUGUGGUCAUUCCUAUCUGGCUGGCUGGCCUCUUGCUCUGUCUCCCUCGAGGCAGACAGCAGGGAGGGCAGGAGGGCUGGCAUCUAAUGGCCUCUGAGACCCCUUAUAUCCACUUCCAUUUCACCUUCCAGGGCUGGCCCAGCAACCUGGCCCUUCCUGCUCAGGUCCCCUGGCCAGGAUGGGAGGCUCGCCAACCACCUCCUGCCUGCUCUGUGCCAGCUUGCCUGCAGGGCUGAUGGCGGAGAUGGAGUUGGGGAGACCAUCCAAGGCCGCCCCAUCUCACAGACUCCCUUGACUGCCCCUGGUGAGCUGGGCUUGGGGAGGUUGGCGGGGGUGGGCCUCAGUGGGGCCCUUCACCCUCUGAACCUCAGUUGCCUCAUUCGAGAAGGGGAUGACGAUAAUGGCUGGAGGUAACAUGUUGUCAGUGCUGGCGAGCCUGGGCAGGGAGUGUUCCACCAGCCCAGAUACCUCCACCUGCCUGGGGUACAUGUUGGACCCUGCAGCAGUGUGCCUUCUUUCUCUUUCCCCGGGCUGUGUCCCAGGAACUUAGUGUGUAAGAUAGAUGAACGUACUCGUACUUGGGGUGAGGGCGUUAUUCCACAACCCCCGCGGGAGGCUUGCUGGAAAUAUCAGCUGGGAAGCCUUCCUCUGGGGCUGCGUGUGUCUUUGUGGGCGCUGGGCACUGUCCCCCCUCCCCUGCCCUCCGCCCUCGUUGGGGAUGAAGUGGCGCGUGUCCAGAGUGCCUCCCACACCCUCCUCUCUGACCCCAUUCCCUUUGACUCCUCUUCAAUUUCUCCCUUUUGGCAGAUAGAGCUUCUGGGAGAUUCUUCCCCUCCUCCCCGCCUGGGGGUGGGGCGUGGAUGGGAGCGGAAGUGCCAGUCUCAGCUCGGGGGCGCCCCCAGCCCCAGCCCCCUCCCAGGUUAGAAGGCGCCUUUGCUACAGUAGAUGGAACUCUGGCCGGCGGCAGCCGUGUCCCUGGAUGGUGCUCCAGAGCUGGCAGGCUGCCUCUGGAGAUGGCCCGCCCCUCCCAACUGCUCAAACCUAGCCCCAUUGCCCCUUCCAAGGGCAGCCUUUCACAGCUAGGCCAGGGGCAAACGCCCUGAGUGUGGGCACGCCUCCUGGGAAACUCCCAUCUCUACCCGGAUGGCCUCAUACCUUGGCCAGCCCCGCCCCCCACAGUCCUUUACAGACCUAGGUCUGCUUACGGAGCUGGCAGGAGAGGUUGGAGGAAGAUGUGUCCUGUGAAUCUACCCCCUGGUCCCCUGGAGCUGAGUUUCUACUGGAGGGAGCACCGCAAGGUGGUGAACAUGGGGCUCCAGGGGAAGGAGGGAGCAGGGCAGGAAGGCAGCACGCCUCCCCAGGUGGCUGGAAGGGUCAUCUGGGCAGGAGAGCAGCCAGGACCUGUGGUGUCCUACUGUGUUCCCGCUGCCUAAUUUGGCCUGAUGGGUGGAGCCAGGAAGAUGCUGGGUCUUCACAGAGAGCUGGGCGGACUUUCACCUUGUUGUAGCGGGUGGGGGUCCUAUGCAGAGGGAGGGCAGGAAGAGCCCUGGAGGGGAAGAGCCCUGGAGGGGCAGCAUGAGGCUGGUGCUAGAGGAGCCAGAGGGUGGAGACAAGCAGGCUCACUCAGAACUUGGGGCCCUCACUGCCUGUUGGUCUGCAGGGCCAUGACCCCAGCCUUAUGGGUCAGACCCAUGAGAGGCUGGCUGAGCUCAACAUUCGGCUGGGUACUGUCGGGAGCUCCUGUUUCACUGCCGCAAUCCGGAACACAGUCCCCUUAAGAUGCUUCCUCCUGGCCUCAGUGCUUCCCUCAGCCUGAGGCCCAGCUCCAAGGGGGGCAGGUCUGCCAUUAGCACCCUAUCCAGUCCAGCUGUGAGAGGGCUUGGGGCUUGGCCUUCCUGAUUCCCCAGGUUGGCAGGGUCUUGGCUAGAUGCAGCCUGGAGGAUGGGGUAGGGGGGCUGCAGCUCUCUGGCCCCUCUGUGCACAUAGCCCUUCACCAUUUCAGAGGCACCCUCAGCCUCACUUGGCCUCACUGCGGUUCAGCAGGUGGGCAGCACUGCCCAGUGCACCCUGGGGGAGCCGGUGCCUUCCCCUGCCCCUCCAAGCUCCACAGGGCUGUGCCCACCAACAGUGUGUCAGGUGUAUGUCACACUGGGAGGUGGGUGGGCCUUGAGUGGACCGUGUAUCCUGGUUUGUGACCGACACUUCUGCCUGCCUUGUGUGCUCCAGCUCUGGCCUUAGAGGAGAGAGGAGUGCAGGGCUCCUACAAGAGUGAGUAGUUGGCACAGGCUUCGGAGAGCACCAGGCAUGGAGUGGUGGUAGGAUGGCAUCGUCAUCACAGGGCUGCAGGCCGCGAAUGUGACUGGCUCUGCUCCCUCGAUCGCAGUUCUCUUCGGCUCUCCACAUGUCCACCCAUCUGGCCCCACGUUAGCCUUUGCGCCCAUCUAUUAGGCCUCUGUCAGAACACCUUCCCUGUCAGCUCCUGCCUAAAUGUCACUUUCUCCAGGAGCCCUCCCCAGUGCCUGCCAGGUCUAGAGUCCUAUCACAGGCUUUUGCACACUGUCACUGGCUCACUAUUACUUAUUCUGUGCCAGGUAUCCCUGGAAACAAGGACCUGACAGAAUAAUAGAACCCUUAGUAGAAAGUUACUCAGAUGGGUGAGUGGGUGGAUGGAUAGACAGACAAAAGGAUGGAUGGGUGGGUGGAUGCAUAGAUGGAGCCCUGGUGGCACAGUGAUUAAGUGCUCGGCUGCUAACUGAAAGGUCAGGGGUUCAAGCCCACCAGCUGCUCUGAGGGAGAAAGAUGUGGCAGUCUGCUUCCAUAAAGAUUUACAGCCUUGGAGACCCUCUGGGGCAGUUCUCUUUCCUACAGGAUUGCUAUGAGUCGGAAUCUACUCGCUGGCCCACAACAACAUGGAUGGAUGGGUGGGUGGGUAGGUGGAUAGAUGGAUGGAUGGGCAGACAAAGGAAUGGAUAGAUGGUGGAUGGGUGUCACCUGGAUGGAGAGCUCUAACUGGGCUGGUACAUACAGGGAGGGUGUGGAGGGAGAGAGGCAGAGCCCAGCAGGCUGGAAAGUGCAGCUCUGGAGACAAAAAGGAACUUUAGAAGCUUUUGCCGUAAGUGUGCUUCCCUCCUGCCUCUUGGGCCAGAUCAGAUUGAUUUUUUUAAUGAAAAUGUGUAAUUGUUGAAAAGUUUAGAUUUAAGCUUUGAGCUGAUCGCUAUAGCUAGCAUCUGUAAUGGAAGGAGGUGGCAUCAUGACUUUAGGGGCAACUUCUGGGAGGGGUGGCGUCCCAGGGGGCAGGGGUUGGUGCAGUGUCCUGAAAGGAGGGGAUAGCCUGGAGACCAGAUGGUUCCCAUAAGUCUUCAUGAAGCUGAGCACCUCUGGCCGCAGCAGCGCCAACCCUAUGGGUUCUUCCAUCUUUCCUUGUUUCUGGGGUGGAAAACGGCUUAGACUGUGAGUUGUAGAAGGGAAGGGCCUGCAUUUCUGAGCUCAUCCUGUGCUGCAGGACUGGACUCGGCCUUUGUGUCAUGUUUCCGUUUAACCCUCUGGAGCACUUUUGGGGGCAGGUCAUGUUAACCCUGUUGUGUUAACCAGGCUUCUCCAGAGAAACAAAACCAACAAGAUAUCUAUAUGUCUGUAUAGGAAUCCCCAGGUGGUACAAAUGGUUCAUAUGCUUAGCUGCUAACCCAAAGGUUGGAGGUUCAAGUCCACCCAGAGAUGCCUCAGAAGAAAGGCCUCGUGAUCUACUUCUAAAAAAUCAGCCAUUGAAAACGCUUUGAAACACAGUUCUACUCUGACACACAUGGGGGCACCAUGAGUUGGGGUUGACUUGACAGCAUUUGGUUUACAGGUAUACCUAGAAAGGUAUUUUAAGGGACAGAGUGUGGAGGUGGAAAAUAGGCCCCCUCUGAGGAGACUGCUUUUCUGGAAUCCAGGCUGUCACCAGCUACUCCUCACCUGGUGUCUUAGUCAUCUAGUGCUGCUAUAACAGAAAUACCACAAGUGGAUUGCUUUAACAAAGAGAAGUUUAUUCUCUCACAGGCCAGUAAGCUAGAAGUCCAAAUUCAGGGCAUCAUCUCCAGGGGAAGGCUUUCUAUCUCUUGGCUCUGGAGGAAGGUCCUUAUGAUACAUCAGUCUUCCAUUGGUCUGGGAGCAUCUCAGCACAGGAACCUCAGGUCCAAAUGAUGCGCUCUGCUCCUGGUACUGCUUUCAUGGUGGUAUGAGGUCCCCAUGUCUCUCUGUUCACUUCUCUCUUUUGUAUCUCAAAAGAGAUUGGCUUAAGACAAUACCUAAUCUUGUCGACCUCAUCAGUAUAAUAGCCCGUAAGCCAUUUUAUUACAUCAUAGUGAUAGGAUUUACCACAUAUCGGGAAGUCACAUCAGAAGAUAAAAUGGUAGACAAUCAUACAAGGGAAUCAUGACCUAGCCAAGUGGACAGAUAUUUUGGGGGGACACAGUUCAAUCCAUGACACCUGGUUACAAGGGUUUGGGUCAGAGGCCGGGCUGUCCGGGGGGAUCAGGAUUUUGUAGUGAGGGCUGGCUUCCCACAGCCUCUGCUUCAUCUCUGGUUGCUGGGUGGGCAAGGCUGGGGCCAAGGACAGUGUAGUCUGUGGGUAUGCCACAUACUGCCUGCAGCCUUUGGGCCAAGAGAAGGCCAAGUGGGACCCCAGUUCCCUGAUAAUGGGGCCCGAGUUGGAACAGAAACCCCUUGUGGCUUCACAACUCUUGUUUGGUGCCUAUAAGUGGGGAAUGCUUGUGUGUUGUGGGCAUGCUACAUGCAUAGGGGUACAGCCACACGAGGCAGGAGCAACUCUGUGUUGGGUGGGUCCUCUGGCAGGCAGGGGCUGGCUGUCACCCUGCUGUGCCCCUUGGUAACCCCUCUCUUCCCUGCAGCCUGCCUGUCCCGCAUCAAUGCCCUCUCACUGGUCUACCUGCUGUUCUUGCUGCUGCUACCCUGGUUCAAGGGCCCCACCCCGCAGAGCAUUCGAGGUCACACUGGCCGCCUCCUCCGUGCCCUGCUGUGCACCAGCCUCCUCUUCCUGGUGGCCCACCUGGCCUUCCAGAUCUGCCUGUACACGGUGCCCCGCCUGGACCAGCUUCUGGGCCCCAGCUGCAGCCCCUGGGAAAUCCUCUCCCGGCAUAUUGGGGUCACGAGGCUGGACCUGAAGGACAUCCCCAACUCUGUGCGGCUUGUGGCCCCCGACCUGGGCAUCCUCGUGGUCUCCUCUGUCUGUCUCGGCCUCUGUGGGCGCCUCACUCGGAAAGCCCAGCGGGCCUCACACUCCUGGGAGCUGGACAAUGACGAGAGGGAAGUGGACCCCAGCCCCGCAAUGGGCCUGUGGGGCGCACCUCUGCCAUCACCCAAGCAGAGGUCACGGCUGGCUGCUCGGUUCCGCGUCACAGCCCACUGGCUACUCGUGGCUGCAGGGCGGGCCCUGGCCAUCAUGCUACUAGCACUGGCAGGCAUUGCCCAUCCCUCGGCCCUCUCCAGCGUCUACCUGCUGAUCUUCCUGGCCAUCUGUACCUGGUGGGCCUGCCACUUCCCCAUCAGUGCCCAGGGCUUUAAUGCCAUCUGUGUGCUGGUGGGCUGCUUUAGCGCUGGCCACGUCCUCUGCCUCUACUGCUACCAGGCGCCCUACGCCCAUGAGCUUCUCCCACCCACUGGCAUCUGGGCCAGGGUGCUUGGUCUCAAGGACUUGGUGCAGCCCACCAACUGCUCCAGCCCCAAUGUGCUGGAACUGCACAUUGGCCAUGACUGGCCCAUUUACGUGAGCCCUGGGCUGCUACUGCUUCUCUACGGCACUGUCACCUUGCUGCUCAAGUUGCGACACCCACACCACACCCAGAGGAAGGAGGCAGCCAGUGAGGAUGAGGAGCAGGAGGUGGAGCUGACCGAGGUGGACCAGUGGCCCAGGGGCCAGGUGCAGGCUGCUGCCAAGGAGGAGGAGGCCCACGUGAGAGGCCUCGGCCAACACAUGAUGUCCCCUGUGGCGGAAACGGAUGCUGACAACUGCAUCGUGCACGACCUGACGGCCCAGAGCCCUGUCCGGCAGCGCCCCUUGCAUUACAGGCCUGCCAAGCACAGAGAGCAAUCCCCCCUGCACGGCCUAGGCCACCUCAUCAUGGGCCAGAGCUACGUGUGUGCCCUCAUAGCCAUGAUGGUGUGGAGCAUCACUUACCACAGCUGGCUGACCUUUGUGCUGCUGCUCUGGGCCUGCCUUAUCUGGACAGUGCGUAGCCGCCACCAGCUGGCCAUGCUCUGCGCGCCCUUCCUGCUGCUCUAUGGGCUGACGCUGUGUGGCCUGUGCUACGUAUGGGCCAUGGACCUGCAGCCUGAGCUGCCCACCAUGCUGGGCCCUGUCAGCCUGCGCCAGCUGGGCCUGCAGCACACUCGCUACCCCUGCCUGGACCUUGGUGCCAUGCUGCUCUACACCCUCACCUUCUGGCUCCUGCUGCGCCAGUUUGUCAAAGAGAAGCUGCUAAGGAAGGCGCAGCCCCUGGCCACACUGGCGGAGGUUACCGUGGCAGAGUCAGGUGAGCCAGGUGGGCCGAGGGUGGGAGGCCCCCACCUGCCUACCCUGGAGGCCACACUGCCCUCCUCCUGGUGGCCCACAGAGCCCACGCAGACACGGACGCUGCUCCAGAGCCUGGGGGAGCUGGUCUCUGGCGUGUACGCCAAGUACUGGAUCUACGUGUGUGCUGGCAUGUUCAUCGUGGUCAGCUUUGCUGGCCGGCUUGUGGUCUACAAGAUCGUCUACAUGUUCCUCUUCCUGCUUUGCCUCACCCUCUUCCAGGUCUACUACAGCCUGUGGCGGAAGCUGCUCAAGGUGUUCUGGUGGUUGGUGGUGGCCUACACCAUGCUGGUGCUCAUCGCCGUCUACACCUUCCAGUUCCAGGACUUCCCCGCGUACUGGCGCAACCUCACUGGCUUCACGGAUGAGCAGCUGGGCGAUCUGGGCCUGGAGCAGUUCAGCGUGUCUGAGCUCUUCUCAAGCAUCCUCAUCCCUGGCUUCUUCCUGCUCGCCUGUAUCCUGCAGCUGCACUACUUCCACCAGCCCUUCAUGCAGCUCACUGACCUGGAGCACGUGCCUGCUCCCGGAGCCUGCCCCCAACGCUGGGCCCACAGGCAGGACAUGGUGAGCGGGGCCCCGUUGCUGCAGCAGGAGGAGGUGGCGAUGGCCCCUGGGGAUGAGGGGCUGAGCAUGGCUGGCCCCCUCCAGGCUAAGCAGAGCCCCGAAGCCCCAGCCAACAAGUGGGGCCUGGUGGCAGAGCGGCUGCUGGAGCUGGCGGCCAGCUUCUCGAAUGUGCUGGCCGGUGUACAGGUGUUUGUGCGGCGCCUCCUGGAGCUGCAUAUCUUCAAACUGGUGGCCCUAUACACCGUCUGGGUGGCCCUGAAAGAGGUGUCGGUGAUGAACUUCCUGCUGGUGGCGCUGUGGGCCUUUGCCCUACCCUACCCCCGAUUCCGGCCCAUGGCCUCCUGCCUGUCCACCGUGUGGACGUGCAUCAUCAUCGUGUGCAAGAUGCUCUACCAGCUCACCGUCGUCAACCCCCAUGAGUACUCCAGCAACUGCACCGAGCCUCUUCCCAAUAGCACCAACCUGCUGAAGGCGGAGAUUAACCAGUCCUUGCUGUACCGAGGGCCCGUUGACCCCGCCAACUGGUUUGGAGUGCGAAAGGGCUUCCCCAACCUGGGCUACAUCCAGAACCACCUGCAGAUCCUGCUACUGUUGGUGUUCGAGGCCAUCGUGUACCGGCGUCAGGAGUACUACCGCCGCCAGUACCAGCCAACCCCACUGCCCGCCCAGGCUGUCUGUGCCAAAGGCACCCGCCAGCGGCUCGACCGAGACCUGCUCAGCUGCCUCAAGUACUUCGUCAACUUCUUCUUCUACAAAUUUGGGCUGGAGAUCUGCUUCCUGAUGGCAGUGAAUGUGAUCGGGCAGCGCAUGAACUUCAUGGUCAUCCUGCAUGGCUGCUGGCUGGUGGCCGUCCUCACCCGCCGGCGCCGUGGGGCCAUCGCCCGCCUCUGGCCCAACUACUGCCUCUUUCUCACACUCUUCCUUCUCUACCAGUACCUGCUGUGCCUGGGUAUCCCGCCCGCCCUGUGCCUGGACUACCCAUGGCGCUGGAGCCAGGCCAUCCCCAUGAACUCCGCUCUCAUCAAGUGGCUGUACCUGCCUGACUUCUUCAGGGCCCCCAAUUCCACCAACCUUAUCAACGACUUUCUCCUGCUGCUCUGCGCCUCCCAGCAGUGGCAGGUGUUCGUGGCCGAACGUACUGAGGAGUGGCAGCAUGUGGCUGGUGCCAACACUGACCACCUGGAGCCACUGCGAGGGGAGCCCAACCCUGUGCCCAACUUCAUCCAUUGCAGGUCCUACCUGGACAUGGUGAAGGUAGCCGUCUUCCGCCAUCUCUUCUGGCUGGUGCUGGUGGUGGUGUUCAUCACGGGGGCCACCCGCAUCAGCAUCUUUGGCCUGGGCUACCUGCUGGCCUGCUUCUACCUGCUGCUCUUUGGUACCGCGCUACUGCGUAAGGACACGCGCGCCCGCCUCAUGCUGUGGGACUGCCUCAUCCUCUACAACGUCACCGUCAUUGUCUCCAAGAACAUGCUUUCGCUCCUGUCCUGUGUCUUCGUGGAGCAAAUGCAGAGCAGCUUCUGUUGGGUCAUCCAGCUCUUCAGCCUCGUGUGCACCGUCAAGGGCUACUAUGACCCCAAGGCGAUGGCGGGCAAGGACCAGGACUGCGCACUGCCCGUGGAGGAGGCCGGCAUCAUCUGGGACAGCGUCUGCUUCUUCUUCCUGCUGCUGCAGCGCCGCGUAUUUCUCAGCUACUACUUCCUGCACGUGGCCGCUGAUCUCCAGGCCACCGCCCUGCAGGCCUCCAGGGGCUUCGCCCUGUACCACGCAGCCAGCCUCAAGAGCAUUGAUGCCCACCGCAGGGCAGAGGAGAAGUCCCUGGCCCAGCUGAAAAGACAGAUGGAGCGCAUCCGUGCCAAGCAAGAGAAGCACCGGCAAAGCCGUGCGGACCAUGACCUCCCCAAGGACCUCGGGGACCCUGGCCAGGAGCCAGGGACCAGGAGUCCAGGGGGCGCCUCCCCGCCACAGAGACAGUGGUGGCGGCCCUGGCUGGACCACGCCACAGUGAUCCACUCAGGGGACUACUUCCUGUUUGAGUCAGACAGUGAAGAGGAGGAGGAGGCACAGCCCGAGGAUACCAGGCCAUCAGCACAGAGCGCCUUCCAGAUGGCGUACCAGGCUUGGGUGACCAAUGCCCAGACAGUUCUACGGCGGCGGCGGCAGGAGAGGGCACAGGAGAGGCAGGCACCAGUGGGAGGUGACCUAAGCCAAGAGAUUGAGCUGGCAGAGGGUCUGGAGAAUGAGGCAGCAGGCCGCAGCCAUGUGAUGCAGCGGGUGCUGAGUAUGGCGCAGUUCCUGUGGGUGUUGGGCCAGGCACUGGUGGACGGGCUGACGCGCUGGCUGCAGGCCUUCACGCGCCACCACCGCAACAUGAGUGAUGUGCUGCGCGCCGAGCGUUACCUCCUCACGCAGGAGCUGCUGCGGGGCGGAGAGGUGCACCGGGGCGUCCUGGAUCAGCUGUAUGUGAGUGAGGACGAGGCCGUGCUGCCAGGCCCUGCCGAUGGCCCCCAAGCACCGAGCACAGCAUCAAGCGGUCUUGGAGUUGAGGAGCCGCUGAGCAGCACAACCGAGGACACCUGCAGCCCCCUAACCACGGGCUACAACACCCGCAGCAACAGCCAGGAGGUUGUGGCUGACCCCUCAAGCCCUGAGGCUGGGCCUUCCCGCCGUGGCUCCCGAGAACUUCUAGCCAAUGCACGCACACGGACACGCACGGCCAGCGAGCUGCUGCUCAACAGGCGCCUGCACAUCCAGGAGCUGGAGGAGGCAGAGCAGUUCUCCGCCAGGCAAGGCCGAGCGCUGCGGCUCCUGCAGGCUGGGUACGAGUGUGUGGCUGCCCACUCGGAGCUGCUCUGCUACUUUAUCAUCGUCCUCAACCACAUGGUCACCGCCUCAGCCGCCUCCCUUGUGCUGCCCGUGCUGGUCUUCCUGUGGGCCAUGCUGUCCAUCCCUCGGCCCAGCAAGCGCUUCUGGAUGACGGCCAUUGUCUUCACCGAGGUCACAGUGGUCACCAAGUACCUCUUUCAGUUCGGCUUCUUCCCCUGGAACAGUUACUUAGUGCUGCGACGCCAUGAGAAUAAGCCCUACUUCCCGCCACGCAUUCUGGGCCUGGAGAAGACUGAUGGCUACCUCAAGUACGACCUGGUGCAGCUCAUGGUGCUGUUCUUCCAUCGCUCCCAGCUGUUGUGCUACGGCCUCUGGGACCACGGGGAGGACUCACUCUCCAAGGAACCUGACCGAGGUAGUGAGAAGGAGAAGGAGGCUGGGGAGGAGCCUGCGGCCCUGCUAGGACCUCAGACAGAGCCAGGGGUGGCCGAGACCCCACUCGAGGAUGACAUCCAGGUCAAAGCUAGGGCUGGAGCCAAGGACGAGUCCCUGGAGCCUGAAGUGGAACUCAAGCCCCGCAGCCUGAGGCGUAUCAGCCUGCGUUUCAGGAGGAGGAAGAGAGAGAGCCCAAAGCCCAAAGGACCAGCAGCCAGCGGAUCUGGGGAGGGGGAAGGAGAAGAGGAGGAAGAGGAAGAGGAGGAUGCUGUGGCCUCUGGGAGAGCCAAGAGACCCAGCCGCUCCCGGGAAAGGGUGAAGGCAGCCGGGCUGCGGCUACAGAGCUUCUGCCUGUCACUAGCCCAGAGCGUGUUCCAGCCCCCGCGGCACUUCUUCCAUGACAUUCUGCACAGCAAGUACCGUGCGGCCACCGACGUCUACGCGCUUAUGUUCCUGGCUGACGUCGUCGACUUCAUCAUCAUCAUCUUUGGCUUCUGGGCAUUUGGGAAGCACUCAGCGGCCACAGACAUCACGUCCUCGCUGUCAGACGACCAGGUGCCUGAGGCCUUCCUGGUGAUGCUGCUGAUCCAGUUCAGCACCAUGGUGGUCGACCGUGCCCUCUACCUGCGCAAGACCGUGCUGGGCAAGCUGGCCUUCCAGGUGGCGCUGGUGCUGGCCAUCCACCUGUGGAUGUUCUUCGUCCUGCCUGCUGUCACCGAGAGGAUGUUCAGCCAGAAUGCGGUGGCCCAGCUGUGGUACUUCGUCAAGUGCAUCUACUUCGCCCUGUCUGCCUACCAGAUCCGCUGUGGCUACCCUACCCGCAUCCUGGGCAACUUCCUCACCAAGAAGUACAACCACCUCAACCUCUUCCUCUUCCAGGGGUUUCGGCUGGUGCCGUUCCUGGUGGAACUGCGAGCGGUGAUGGACUGGGUGUGGACGGACACCACACUAUCCCUGUCCAACUGGAUGUGCGUGGAGGACAUCUACGCCAACAUCUUCAUCAUCAAGUGCAGCCGAGAGACAGAAAAGAAAUACCCACAGCCCAAGGGGCAGAAGAAGAAGAAGAUUGUCAAAUAUGGCAUGGGCGGCCUUAUCAUCCUCUUCCUCAUUGCCAUCAUUUGGUUCCCACUGCUCUUUAUGUCGCUGGUGCGCUCAGUGGUCGGUGUGGUCAACCAGCCCAUUGAUGUCACUGUCACCCUUAAGCUGGGCGGCUAUGAGCCCCUUUUCACCAUGAGUGCCCAGCAGCCGUCUAUCGUGCCCUUCACAGCCCAGACCUAUGAGGCGCUGUCCAAGCAGUUUGACCAUUACCCGCUUGCCAUGCAGUUCAUCAGCCAGUACAGCCCUGAGGACAUCGUCACGGCCCAGAUCGAGGGCAGCUCAGGAGCACUGUGGCGUAUCAGUCCCCCAAGCCGGACCCAGAUGAAGCGGGAGCUGUACAAUGGCACAUCAGACAUCACCCUGCGCCUCACCUGGAACUUCCAGAGGGACUUGGCCAAAGGUGGCACUGUGGAGUAUACCAAUGAGAAGCACACCCUGAACCUGGCUCCAAACAAUACAGCACGGUGGCAGCUGGCUAGCCUGCUUGAGGGCACAUUCAACCAGUCCGUGGUCAUCUCCAACCUUUUCCCCAAGUACAUUCGUGCCCCCAAUGGACCUGAAGCCAACCCCGUGAAACAGCUGCAGCCCAAUGAGGAAGAUGACUACCUGGAUGUGCGCAUCCAGCUGCGCAGGGAGGUGGGCACCGGGGCCGCUGGCUUCCUUGAGUGGUGGGUGGUGGAGCUGCAGGACUGCCAGGCUGACUGCAACUUGCUGCCCAUGGUUAUCUUCAGCGACAAGGUCAGCCCACCCAGCCUUGGCUUCCUGGCAGGCUACGGGAUCAUGGGCCUCUACGUGUCCAUCGUGCUGGUCAUCGGCAAGUUCGUGCGUGGCUUCUUCAGUGAGAUCUCCCACUCCAUCAUGUUCGAAGAGCUGCCUUGCGUGGACCGCAUCCUCAAACUCUGCCAGGACAUCUUCCUGGUGCGUGAGACUCGUGAGCUCGAGCUGGAGGAGGAGCUGUACGCCAAGCUCAUCUUCCUCUACCGCUCGCCAGAGACCAUGAUCAAGUGGACCCGCGAGAAGGAGUAGGGUGCCACACAGCGCACCGGAGAAUGAAGGAGCCGCCAGGCCACACAGCGUGGACAGGUGGGCAGGUGGCACUCCUGGCCCACAGGAGAGCAGAUGCCCCAGCCCAAGGCCACCAGCUGUGACACCUCCUCCCCGGCCCACCCGAGCCCUGAUGCUGCUGCCAAAGAAGGGAACGCCGUGUUCGCAUCCCAGCCAUGGGCUGCAUCCUGACCGGAGCCAUGGGAUCCCCCCAGGACUGGCCACACUGGGCCAGGGGUCCCGGCCUCCCUUCCCCACGCGUACUGUAGAGUUUUCUAAUUAAAAACUUCUUUAUUUAUACAAAUGAACAA